AGCAAAGGUCAACAUCCUGUGUUGGAGACGAUCCUCCCUCUCGUUCUGAUCCUGAUUGCCUUGUGACUGAAAAGCAGGUGGAUCUUGAUCAAAACAGUGAGCCAUGCGAUCAUGAUUCCAUUCGCAUUUAGUCGCGCAACAGGCCUGGGUGCGAGCAAAGCCAAAAAGUUGCAUUUCAGUUCGACAUGUACGCAAUAAUGUACAGCUGAGUUUUCGUUGGUCCGGUUUUGAACUCGCAAUCGAAAAGCGUUCUUUACUUUCUUGUACCCUGAAAGUUUAUUUUGUAUUUGUUCCACGCGACCUCGACCUCGACAAUACCACCGCUCGAAAGAUGGUUAACAUCACUCCGCAACUGGUUCAGUUGGCGGUUUAUGCCAUAAUUCUGAUCGUCCUGGGCAUCAUCUCCCUCGUGCGGUGUCUAGCGCAGAAGAAGCGGGAGAGGGAAAAUGCGUACGUGGAUCAUCAGGCGUACGGCGGAGGCGUGAAUUACGGAGCACCGGGCGGUUUCCCUACAGGCUAUGGCCACGGAGGCUCGCCACAGUACCCCAAUUAUGGACAGCAACCCCCUCCCAUGGGGGCCCCGAAUUAUGGACAGCAACCCAACUACGGAAGCUUUGGCCCAAAUCAGCAGGUCUAUUUUUACGUACUGCCCAUGAAAAAUAUUUUGCAAGAAGUAGCUCAGUAAGUACAAACGAUCGCUCUUUUUUACAAACAUGGACGCAGUGCUCCAGCACAUAAUUCAUAAUUAACAGUCAGAGGAUGUUCACAAUGAGGCGUUUUACUUACCAUGAUUGCCGCAUCCGCGCCCACGACGAGUUGACCUCCUCCAAAUUGAUUCAUGUCUUUUUAGGUGCUAUCUUCGGGUUCCGCGACGCCAAUCCCUAUCCCACCAGGACCAGCGAACCCACCGCAGCAGAAUCCGAUGGGCGAGGGCGUGAAAGUCUUUGCUUUAGACUCGACCGCCGCGGACCACGAAGCUUCCUGGCGCGGCUACGAGGCGGAACGGAUUGGUUGCCCGAGCCAAUCACUGCAAAUUGCACCGAAUAUGGUGGAGGAACUGCAGAUUUUGGAGGAAAUGGGAACGGAUCCACAGUUGAAGAUUGUCCGCGAGUACAUUGACCCCGAGGAUGUAUGCGGAACGCGCCGGUCUUGCACUCGGUACGCACUGAACCCGCGAAAAUUCUACGAGGAACGGUUGGCGAAAUAUCCGGCGGAGGUGGGUCAGGGUGGGCAAAUCACAGUGGAGCAACUGAUGCACUCUCCGACCGGAAAGUACCAGCUCAUGCACAAUGUCGACGAUGCCCCAACAGACGCGCCCUUCUUGCAUCCGGCGCAGGUUCUGUGGCACAGGUCCAGGAGAACUGACAACUUCCGCACCUACCCAACCUGGGAUAUAGCCUACAACGAAGACGGUACCAGCAGGGAUACUGCUACCUCAGACAACAUAUGACUUUUUAGCUUUACUUUUUGAUGAUGCAAGCUUCGACCACAAAUACAUGGCAAAAAUUUAUUGUCUGCAAUAGGUUCGGUCGAUUACGAGAAUUGCAAACUGAUGGAGCUUCAGGACGUGCAAGUGGCGGCGAUAAGAGUCGCGGCGAAAGAGCACCCAGAGAAAUGCGAAAAGUGGCUACGGGCACUCGCGGAUCUGGAGUCUCGACAGAGCUCCAACGGUUUCUCAGAGGAGUGGAGGCAGCGGCUUGGGGCGAAGUUUCAACGGGACAUGCAAUUUUGUAUGGCUCUAGACCCCACGGGAGCGGUGUGGAACGCCGCGAAGCCCUACAAUGUCUUCACGUCACAAGCAAAGGGUCCGGAAACUGGUCUCGCUUAACUCGCAAGAGUCUGUGUUAGUUUUGGAAUUUUGAAACUUGAGUGUGACGCAACAGCCUCUAGUGCAGAAGCAAAGGCGUCGAUAGCGCUCAUCAAGUAAGCCGGUGAUCUUGCAGCAGCUUUCGGAAGACCGUGCUCAUAUACAGGCAGAAAAAGUCAAAGAUGUAACGGCGCGAGGCUCGCCCUUUGAUGGUAGGGCACCGUGACACUCUUACUUUUCAACUGCUUUCUUCAGAAAGAUCUGAUAUCUUGUAUGCAGAAGACGGCGGCUACGGGUUGCGGCUCUUUGAAAACCCGCACGUGCCGCUGACUUGGUGAUGAUCAUCAUUAUCUGCACGACGCGGAUAAGUUGCAUCUUAUUCUUCGAGUGUCGCUUGAUCACACAUUUUUUUCGUUUUAUUCACGGAGCACAACAUGAUGAAGUUUGUUUAUGCCGCUUCGGAAUUCGAAAGUUGCCGAAUUAAGUCUAAUCGCAGGCAUGAAGAUGAUUUUUCGGACGAAGGUGGUCGAUAUGUAGCAAUAGGUUGUUUAGGGCAGAAGGUUGCGCGUCGGAAACUGCGUUUUCGAACGCGACACUCAAACAUUUUAACGGAGAAAAUGCGUGGAAGUACGUUCUAUUUUUAUCAUCAUGGCACUUGUUCUUACUGUGCGUUCGCGUUUUAUUAUCCAUCGGUACACCUACAUUUACAUUAUUUGAAUUGUGGACUCGCUACUUGUCUUUCCUGCCAAAGACGAACAUCUUCAUCUUUUUAA